AAUUUUCAGUUGGAACUUUGUCGACGACGCUGCUGGUUGGUAUUUCCCUACUUCCGCGAGGAUAAAGAGGAAAACAAAAAAACCUGUAAAAAUCAGGAAAUGUUAUUCGAACAUUAUGUAGAAGUCCAAAAUUAUUACAAAUCCCAGUCGUGGAUUGCUCUGCUGCUAUUGGGAUUCGCUCUUUUAUUCCUACUACGCCAAUUCGGAGGCUCCUACAUUCAGCCAUUGUUUUUCGCCAGCGUCUACAAUGCGAUGGCGGCCUACCACAAGGAGUGUCGCGAGUUGAAAAGGCAACAUUUCGAUUCGAUGAAGAAUCAGCAGUCGGCCGACCCGGAAUUGAGGAAGAAGGGCGUUCUUCGCAUACUUGAAAUCGGUCCCGGACCCGGAUACAAUUUCGAAUUCUAUCCAGCCAAUAGCCAAUUGACAGUGGCCGAAGUCAAUCCGUUUUUCCAAAAGCAGUUCUUCGCCCAACAGUCUCAAUAUCCGCACAUCAAAAUGGAGCGCUUCAUCGUCGGAUUCGCCGAGGAUAUGAAAGACGUCGAAGACAACAGCGUCGAUAUCGUCGUCUCCACCAUGGUCCUCUGCUCUGUCCGCAGUAUAGAAAGAGCCCUGAAGGAAAUUCAGCGCGUCUUGGUUCCGGGAGGAAAAUAUUAUUAUUGGGAGCACAUCCGCGAAGCGGAAUACAAAUCAGUCCUUUUCGUUCAACAUUUGUUUUCCUACACGUUUUACGAUUUGGUCUUUGGCUGCAAAUUGAACCGAACAAGUGACGAAGUGAUCAAGAAUGACAAAGGCUUCUCGCAAGUCGACCAGCAGCGAUUCAGGACACCGUUGAAGGGAGGACUUUAUGCCAUUUUGAUUAUUCAUAGUUCCCACGUCAAAGGAAUCGCUACCAAAUAGAAAAAACCAAUCAAUUCAGAUUUCCAAUUUUUAAAAAUGCUUUGAAAACAAAAGUUGUAUACUUUCAUUAUAACUACGUAUAUUUUUACUUCAUUCGAAAUAAAUUGUUCUUAUCGUCGUGUCCAA